CACUCCAGCCUGGGCGACAGAGUGAGACUCCAUCUCAAAAAAAAAAAAUUGUUUUAUUUGAAAUUGUAACAAAUGUCAUUACUGCCUUUAAAAUGACUUGGAGCACUUUGAAAAAAUCCCAGAAGUUUUCCAACUACAGAAUAAAAUUAAAAUUCUACCAUUAGGCAUAACCUGGCUUCCAUCUACUUGUCAGCCUAGCAUCUCCCACUACUUAGCAAAAGUGCACCUGACAAUCAUGACAUGCUGAUCUCAGUGAUGUUCCCACUUGCCUGAAAUACUCUUUCUUCACCUAAAAGUCUUGUGCUGAUUCUUUAAACUCCAGUACAAAUGCAACUUCUUGAAUAAUUCUCUUCCCUUUUCUCUUAGGAAGUUAACCACUGUCCUCUAUAUUCCCUGAUAUUUAUAUGUUUGUUACAGCAUUUACAUGUGGUUAUGGAUGCCAACUGUAUCAAUAUCUGAUAUAUGAGAUGAAUCAAUAUCUGAUAUCUAAAAGGUGAGAAGUGCUGUCAAUAAAGUCUCUAACCUAGAACAUAAUCUGAUUUUCUUUUUUCUUUUUGUGCUUCUCUAGACUUCAAAGCAGCAUAGAUUGAAAAAGAUCCAGAAACUGACAGAUCCACAGUGGGAAGAAAACCUCAGAAUGGCUUGCACUGAAGCUAACCUGACAUGUGUUUCAGAACUCCCUGUGGGCUGGACCCAGGAAUAUAUACUCUGGUCAAUGGAUCGGAGCCUUCAACGGAUCUUCCGAUACCUAGAAAGCACAAGAUCAAUGCUUAUGGAACAGGAUUUGCCUGAAUCACAGGAUAUGAUUUCUUCCUCUACCACCACUGUUCUUGUGGCUCAGAAGACUGUUCUAUGCUGUUGUGACUAUAAGAAAGCAAAACAUUCUACUGACCACAGCAUCUCCUUUAGUUCAUCAUGCAGUGACUCCAGUCUGUCUCAUCUUCCUGUCUGUUCUGAAGGAACAACUUGGGAAUUCCAGAGCCAUAGUUUACCUAUUUCCCACAAAAAGCAAUCAUCUGUGUUCAGGAACCAAGGCACAACCCUGCCUCCUUUUCAGCUCUCAGAGCCCCAGAAAUCAAAACUUUUUCAGAAUUUGGCAGAUCUUUCACCCUUACAACCUCAGAGCUCUUUUAUCAACUCCAUUUCUGAACCCCUAAAUAUCUGCAAACAAAAAAGGAAAAAAAAUGAUGAGAGAAUGAGCAAGAGUCAUUUGACAUCAGAUCAUGAGCCAAAUUCUGUUUCCAAGGAGAGACCACGACUUCCAAGGUGGGCUACAUUCAAUCUCUCUCCUUCAGUUAGAAGGGAGCUAGAAGGACAUAUGUCUCAGAAGGUUUUUGCUUUGCGGCAACAAACAGCACCUUUACCUUUGAGGAAAUCAUGGGCAAUGCUGAAUUAUAUAACUGAAGUACAAGCAGGAGUCGCUGAAUCAGAGAAACCCCAAACUCAGUUAUCUAUGCCCAUUUAUCAAAACACUGAGCAAAAUAUCAACAACAAAUCCUCAGACCUUCCAUCAUUUCAGUUCCAUGUGAAUGCUGGAGUGGGAUCUAGAUCAAAUAGCACAGAAACAAAACUUUCACAGUCAAUUAUCUCAGAUAAGCAGUUACAACCUGGGGGUGGCCACCAAAUCCUUGGAUCCAAGCCUUUAGUUACAUCAAUGGGCACUCUACCUCCAAGAAGUUUAGAAGUUAAUGUAAUUCAAGAGGAAACUCCUUUACUGAAGAAUGAUGCAAAACACGUGCCAGAGCUUAGUAUACAGAAGAGGGUCAUAGGUUUUCCAGAAAAAAGGAUACAGCAGCACAAGACACAAGUGACUAAUGUGGAGUUGACCCCAAGGCUAUCAUAUCAAGUCAAAGAUAGCCUAAAGGUAACUCCAUUGGCACUACUUCGGGUCAUAAAUUCAAUGGGGAUGAUCCCAGAAUCACAUUCAGAAUUUGCAGGUUUGUUCCCACAGCUGCCAAGUCAAGUUGUGAAACCAAUGGAAACCAUGGAAACAGUGAGCAUAACCCCCAAACCACCAAAUCAAGUCAUUCAAUCAAUGGAGGCAGCCCCAAGGUCUCAGCACCAAGUUACGGAAUCAGAGAGGAUGGCCACAAGAUUACUGAAUCAAGUCACAGAUAAUAAGAAAGUAACUCCUGUAGCACUCCUUCAAGUUAUGGAUUCUAUGGGGAUGAUUAACAAAUCACAUCCACAUAUAGAAUCAGUGGGAAUGACUCCAACACCACGAUAUCAAGUCAUAGAGUCAGUGAAAAUGAACACAUUGUUGAACCAUCAAGCCACAAAACCAGAAAAGAUGAAUCUAAGGCCACAACAUGGAGUUAUGGAAACUGUGGAAAUGAUGCCAGGGCCACAGCAUAAAGUCACAGAAUCUGUGGGCACAACCUCAGGGUCACAAAGUCACGCACAGAGUUUCAACACUGUGGAGUUGACCCUAAGACCACCAACGGAAGAUACAAAAUCUGCAGAGUUGGCCCCAAAGCCAUGGUUACACGAUGUCAGAUCUGAGAAGGUAGCCCCAGUACUAUUGCUUGAAGAUGUGAAAACUCCUCAAAUGGUAGAAUGUAGGAGGUUAAUUCCUGAGACACAGGUGCAAGGUAUGAAAUAUGGGGAAUUGACCAAAGGGACACAAUUUAAGGAAGUAAAAGCUGCAGAGAUGAGCCCCAAACCAAAUCAUGAAGCCACAGAGCCUGAAAGAUUGACCCCAUGGCAUCAAGCCUCAGAAUCUUUAGAGAUGAUCUCAGGACCAGGAUAUCAAGGAAAAGAAGCAAAGUUGACCUCUGACACCUGUCACCAAGUGGAAAAAUCUAUUGGGUUGACACAACCAUCUUUAGGAACUACCCCAGGGCCACUGAGCCAAACUUCAGAAUCUGUGGAGAUGAGCUCAGUAUCAUUCCAAGACAUUCUUAAGACAAUGCACCAACUUGGAAAAGCAAUGGGGGAAACUCCAGUAUCACAACACACAACAAAAGAAUCUCUGGAUUUGAUACCAGGAUCAGAAAUGCAAAGUGUGAAAUCAGAGGGGUUGACCACAGAGCCACAGCCCCAUGAUAUGAAGUUUGUUCACUGCAAUCUAGGGCCAUGUUCAGAAGUUACUGAGUUGUCAGAGAUACCCCCCAUGUCAGAAUAUAAAGAAACUGUGGGGUUGGCAUUGCCUCAAGUUGAUAAGACCCAGGGGGUCAUCCCAGUACCACCACAUUCAGAAACAGGAUUUUUGGAGUUGACUCUAGGACCAGGCACGCAAUAUGAGAAAUCAGAGCCACUACUGCAAAAUUUGAAAUCUAUGGAGUUAACCAGUGAGUCAUCUCCAUUAGUGAUAGGAUCUAAAAAGUUAAUUACAGAACCAAAACCACAUGUUAUGGACCUGACCCCAGGGCCACAGCUCCAGGGAGAAAAGUCUAAGCAGUUGGAUCUAGAGUCACAGUUGCAAGAUAUGAAAUACGUGAAUUUAAUCCAACAGUCAACUAUAGGAGUGGUAGAAUCUCAGGAGAUGAUGCCAGAGCUACUGCUACAAAGUAUGCCAUUGGAGGAUUUGACUAAGAGGGAAGAGCUCCAAGGUGUAAAAUCUGUGGAUUUAAAUCUAGGCCCCUCUCAGCCAAGUGUCAAAUCUUCUGGACUGACCUCAGGGCCACAAUUGCCAAGUGUCAGAUUUUCAAAGAUAUUUCCAGGACCACUUCUUCAAGGCGAAAAACCUGUAGAAUUAAUCUCACAACCCCCACAUUAUGGUGUGAAAUCUGAUGAAUUGACCUCAGAUUCCCCAGUUCAGGACAUCAAAUUGUCAGAUUUUAUCCCAGAGCCAACACAUCAAAGUGUCAAAUUUGUACAGCUGACUCCAGAAUCACAACCUCAAGAUGUGAAAUUUGUGGAACUAAGCCCAGGACUAUACUUGCAAGAUGUCAAAUUUUCUGAUUUGAUCCCAGAGCCAAGGCAUCAAAGUUUCAAACAUAUGCAGUUGACACCAGGAGCUCAGCUCGAAGAUAUAAAGUCUCUAGGUUUUGUACCAGAGUCAUCUCUGCAGUCAAGCCAAAGGCCACAUGUUGAAGAUAUGAAAUCUGUUCUUUCUACUGAAGGAUCACAGUUUCACAGCAUGAAAUCUGUGAAAUCAACCUCAGAACUACCAUUUCAAAGUGUAAAAUCUGAGGAAGUAAACCUAGGGCCAUGGCAGCAAGAUAUCAAAUUUUCUGAAUUGACUUCAAGGCCAAAGCUGCAAGGUGUCAAAUCUGGGGAUCAAACUCCAGGAUCAGUGUUUCAUAGUGUGAAUUCUGUAGAGGUAGUUCCAGAGUUAGGGCUCCAAGAUUCCAAAUUAGCAAAGAUAUUUCCAGGAACUCAAAGUAUGAAACAAGUAGGGCUUAACCCAGAGCUGCGGCUACAAGAUGUCAAAUUUUUUGAUUUAGUACCAGGAACUCAACCUCAAGGUGUGAAAUCUUUAGAGUUAAACUCAGGGCCACAGCUACAAUGUGUAAAAGUUUUAGAGAUGACCCCAGGGCCAAAGAUGCAAGGGGUACCACCUGUGACAAUGGUUCCAGGGCCAGAGGGGGAAGGGGUUAAGCCUGAGUUGUUAGUACCAGAGCCACUGUCUCAAGGUGUAAAAUAUGUAGCAGGCAACCAAGAACCAAGCCUUGAAGCUGAAGUUUCCUAUAAAUUAGUCUCAGAGCCACAAAUGCCAGAUGCAGAAUACACGGAGUUGACUCCUGGGCCACAGUUGCCCAGUGUAAAUCAUUCUGAGUUGACCAGACAACCACAGUUACAAGGUAUGAAAUCUUCUGAAUUGAUACAAAGACCACAGUUACAAGACAUAAAUCCUGUGGAGUGGAGCCCAAUCUUGAAACUUCAAGGUUUCAGAUCUGAAAAGCUAACCUCAGAGCCACUGCUAGAAGAUAUGACAUUUGCGGGAUUAAUCCCAGGGCCACAUUUGGGAGAUGUGAAAACUAUGCAGUUAACGCCAGAGCCAGAAUUGGAAGAUGUCAAAUCUAUGACGUUAAUCCCACAGGCAGGAGGUGUAAAACUUGAGGAGGUAACCCCGGGCUCAAAGCUUCAAUCUGAGUUGCUGACUUCAGGAUCGCAGCUGGAAGAUACGAAAUCUGUGACCUUAACUCCAGGACCAUGCCUGGAAAAUAUGAAAUCUAUGGAGAUAACUCCAAGUCCACAGCUAGAAGGUGGGAAAUCUGUGGCGAUAACCUUAGGGUCACAGACAGAAGAUGUCAGAUCUGUGGAAUUCACCCCUGAUUCCGAGCUUCAAGGUGUAAAAUCUGUGGAGUUGACUCCAUGUUCAAGAAUUCAAGAUUUAAAAACUGAGGAGUUGGUCCUAGGUACACAGCUGCAAGAUAUGAAAGCUGCGAAAUUAAACCUUGGGCUAAAGAUGCAAGGUGAGAAGUCUAUGGCUUUUGCACCAGGGCCAUUGCUUCAAGGGGUUAAAUCUAUGGAGAUGCUUCAAAGGCCUCAGCUACAAAGUGUGAAACCUGAAGAACUGACUUCAGUCCCACAAAUGCAAGAUAUGAAAUUUGUGGAGAUUACUCCAUGUUUAAAACUUCGAAGUUUAAAAUCUAUAAAGGAGACUCAAGAUCCACAUCUGCAAUGUGUAAAACCUGUAAAGUUGACCCCAUGGCAAAAGAGGCAGGCAGUAAAAUUUGUGAAUGUAACCAGAGGAGAAGAGUUUGAAGAAGUAAAAUCUGUGGAUUUAGCCCUAAAGCAACAGUUUCAAGGGAUGGAACCUGUGGAUUUAACCCUUGACCCUGAACAGGAUGGUCAGAUAUCUGUAAACUCACAAGAGCAGCAAUGUGUGAAUUUUGAGCAAGUAAAGAAAGGGUCUGAGUCAGAAGGUGUAAUGUCUUUGGAGUUAAUUCCAGAGCCAAAAUCUGAAGGUAUAAAAUCUGUAGACCUCAAGUCUUACCUACAGUUGAAAGGUAUAAAAUCAUCUGAAUUGACUCCAGAAUCAAAUAUGCAAGAUGUAAAAGCUAAAGAGUUCAAACAUGAACCACAGUUGCAAAGUACGAAAUCUCCCAAGUUGACCCCAGGACCACAGUUGCACCAAGUGAAACCCCUGGGCUCAACUGUAGAGCCACAGGUUCAAAGUGUGAAAACUGUGGAGUUAAACAAAGAGCUAGAGCUUGGAAGAAUGAAAUCUGUUCAGUGGAUAACAAGACCUGAGUUCCAAGGUGUAAAAUCUGUAGGGUUAAAUCUUGGGUCACAAUCUCAAAGUGUCAAACCUGCAGAAUUGAAACUUUCCAUACAGUUGGGAGAUAUGAUAGCAUCUAAAUUGGUUCUAGAGCCAAAACGUCAAGGUGCAAAACUUAUGGAGUUUAACCGUGGGCCACAGUUGCAGUGUGUAAAAACCUCUGAGUUGUCUUCAGGACCACAGCUGCAAAAGGGGAAAAUGCCAGCAUCAACCUCAGAGCCACAGCUUCAAGGUGUGAAAACUGUGGAGUUAAACCAAGACUCACAGCUUAAAAGUGUGAAAUCUGUGCAGUGGAUACCAGGACCUGAGUUCCAAGGUGUAAAAACUAUAGGGUUAACUCUUGGUUCACAAUCUCAAGGUGUCAAACCUGGACAGUCGAAAUCUUCCAUAGCGUCAGGAGGUGUAAAGUCAUCUCAACUGACUCUAGGGCCAAAAUUUCAAAGUGUAACAUCUAUGGAGUUUAACCUUGGGUCACAGUUGCACUUUGUGAAAGCUCCUGAGUUGUCCCAAGGACCACAGCUGCAAAAAGGGAAAAUUCCAGCAUCGACCUCAGAGCCAUAUUUUCAAGGUGUGAAAACUGUGGAGUUAAACCAAGACUCACAGCUUGGAAGUGCAAAAUCUGUGCAGUGGAUAUCAGGACCUGAGUUCCAAGGUGUAAAAACUGUAGGGUUGAAUCUUGGUUCACAAUCUCGAGGUGUCAAGCCUGCAGAGUUGAAAUCCUCCACAGAGUCGGGAGGUGUAAAAUCAUCUGAAUUGACUCUAGGGGCAAAACUUCAAGGUGCAAAACCUGUGGAGUUUAACUUUGGGCCACAGUUGCAAUGUGUGAAAACUCCUAAGAUGUCCCAAGGACCACAGUUGCAGAAAGGGAAAAUUCUGGUGUCAACCUCAGAGCCACAGCUUCAAGGUGUAAAAGAUAUGGAGUCAAACCAAGACUCACAGCUUGGAAGUGUGAACUCUGUGCAGUGGAUACCAGGACCUGAGUUCCAAGGUGUGAAAUCUGUGCUAAAAUGUGGUUCACAAUCUCAAGUUGUCACAACUGUAGAAUUGAAACCUUCAGUACAAUUAAGAGAUGUGAAGUCAUCUGUGUUGACUCCAAGGCCAAAGCUCCAAAGUAUACAACCUUUGACAUCACUCCAGGAACAUCAGUUGCCAGGGCUCGAACCUAUUGAUUUGAAAUCUGGGCUACAGUUGACAAGUGUGAAAUCAUGUGGCCCAAUUUCAACAUCAAAGCUCUGUGAUAUAAAAUCUAUGGCAUUCAAACCUGGGCUUCAUUCGCAAGAUGUGAAAUCUUCUGAGUUGACCCCAAGACCACAGCUGCACAAAGUGAAACCCUUGGAGGCAUGCCCAGGAACACAGCUGCAAGAUGUGAAGUCUCCAGCAUUUACACAAGCGCCACAGUUUUCAGGGGUGAAAUCUGGAGUAUUAAGCCAAGAGCUACCAUUACAAAGUGAUAAAACUGUAGCGCUGAACUUCUUACUACACUUGAAAAGCAUGAAAUCAUCUAAAUUGGCUCAUCAGACAAAACUUCCAGGUAUGAAAUCUGAGGAGUUCAACUCUCGGCCACAAUGGCAAUGUGUCAAAUCUUUUAAGUUGAACCCUAAGACAAAGUCCCAAGACAUGAAGGUUAUAGAGUUAAACCCCAGUUCACAAUUGAAAGAUAUCCCAUAUUCUGAUUUGACCACAAGGACCAAGAUUCAAGGUGUCAAAUCUACAGACUUCAAACCUGGGCCACAGUUGCAAGGAGUGAAAUCUUCGGAGUCCAUACUGAAGACGAAGCUUCAAGAAGUGAAAUUAAUAGAAUGCAACUCAGGCCCAUGGUUGCAAGAUUUGAAAUCUUCUAGGUUGAUCAUGGGUAUAAAGCUUCAAGACAUGAAAUCUAUGGAUUUCAGUUCUGGACCACACUUACAGAGUGUGAAAUCUUCUGAAGUGAUUCCAGGGGGAAAGCUUCAGGGUGUGAAAUCAGUAGAAUCCAAACCCAGUCCAGAGUUACAAAGUGAGAAAUCUGAUUUGACCCUGGGGAGGAAGUUUCCAGGUACAAAAUCUGUAGAGCUGGAAUCAGGCCCACAGUUACAAGAUAUAAAAUCUUCUGAUUUGAUCGUGGGUAUAAAGCUUCAAGAUGUAAAAUCUAUGAAGUUCAGUUCUGGACAACACUUUCAAGGUAUAAAAUCUUCUGAGGUAACCUCAGGGACAAAGCUUCAAAGUAUGAAAUCAAUGGAUUUCAAUUCUGGACAACAGAUACAAAGUGAAGAAUCUUCUGAGUUGAUUCAGGGAACAAACCAUCAAGAUGUAAAAUCUGUACAAUUCCACCAUGGUCCAAAGUUACAAGGUGUGACAUCUGAGUUAACACCAGAGACAAAGCUUCAAGGUGGGGAAUCUGUGGAGUUCAACUCAGGCCCACAGUGGCAAGAUACAAAAUAUUCUAACUCAAUCAUGGGGACAGAGCUUCAAGAUGUAAAAUCUAUGGAGUUCAGUUCUGGAUCACACUUGCAAGGUAUGAAAUCUUCUGAAGUGAUCCCAGCAACAAAGCUUCAAAAAGUGAAAUCUGUGCUCAUGCCUAGGCCAAUGCAGCAAGAUGUGAAAUCUUCUGAAUUGACUAUAGGUACAAAGGUACAGGAUAGGACAUCUUUGGGGUUAAACUCAACUUCACAGUUACAAGAUAGAAAAUUAUCUAUGUUAACACCAGGGAUACACCCUCAAGGUGUGAAAUCUGUAGAAUUCAAUCCUGGGGCAAAGUUGGAAGAUAUGAAAUCUGGGUUGAUAAAGCCUCAGACAGUGAACUCUACAGAAGGCAACCAUGACCCAGAAUUGCAGGUUGCAAAACUCUCUAAGUUGGCCUUGGAAUCAAAGAUUCAUAGUGUGGCACCUUCCGAGUUCAAUGCUGAAAAGCAGCAGCAAGAUAAUAAAUCUCAUAAAUUGAAUCCAUGGCCAGACCUUCAAAGUGUAAAAUUUAUGGUGUUCAAUCCUGAGCCACAUCUGCGACAUAGAAAAUCUUCAGAAUUAUGCACAGGGACAAAGCUUCAAGAUGUAAAAUCUAUGAAAUUCAAUCUUCAGCAACAGCUGCAAGGUGUGAAAUCUUCUGAUUUGUGCCUAGGAACAAGGCUUCAAGGUACACAAUCUUUAGAUUUCAACCCUGGACCACAGUUGCAAGGAAUAAAAUCUGCCAAGUUGAAUCCUGGGCCUGAGCUUCAAGGUAUAAAAUCUAAGGUGUUCUGCCUUGGACCACAUUUGCAAGAUGUGAAUUCUUCUGUAUCCAUUCCAGAGCCACCACAUCAGUGUGUAAAUUCUACUGGGUGCAACCGUGGGCUACCUUUGCAAGGUGUAAAUUCUGCAUCCAUUCCAGCACCUAAACUUCAGUGUAUAAGUUCUAAUGGGUGCAUCCCUGGGCCACAUUUGCAAGAUGUGAAUUCUUCUGCAUCUAUUCCAGAGCCACCACUUCAGUGUGUAAAUUCUAUUGAGUAUAAUUCUGGGCCACAUCCACAAAGUGCGAAUUUUUCUGCAUCCAUUCGAGGCCCCAAACUUCAGUGUGUAAAUUCUAGUGGGUGCAACCCUGGGUCAAAUUUGCAAGGCGUGAAUUCUUCUGCAUCCAUUCCAGAGCCACCACUUCCGUGUGUAAAUUCUAUUGGGUGCAGCCCGGGGCCACAUUUGCAAGGUGUGAAUUCUGCAUUCAUUCCACAGCCAAAAGCUCAGUGUUUAAAUUCUAUUGGGUGCAACCCAGGGCCGUAUUUACAAGGUAUGAAAUCGCCUGAAUUAACUCCAGUUUCAAAACUUCAAGGUAUGAAGUGUUCUGAAUUGAACCCAGGGACAGAAAUUCAAAGUGAGACACCUAUGAUGUUCAACCCUAUACCACAUUUGCAAGGUUUAAAAUCUGAAUUGACUCCAGGGUCAAAGUUUCUACGUGCAGCACCUAUGGAAUGCAACCCUGGGCCACAGGUGCAGUAUGUGAAUUCUUCUGAGUUGAAUCGAGGGCUAAAAUUGCAAUGUAUAGAUUCUAUGGAGUGCAAACUUGCACCACACUUGCAGGGUGUAAAAUCAGGGACAAAAUUUCAAGAUAUGAAAUUUUCUGAGUUGCAUCCAGGGCCAGAGCUUCAAGGUAUAAAAUCUGUUGUGUUCAACUCUGCGCAACAUUUACAAGAUGUAAAAUGUGAACUGACUCCAGGGACAAAAUUUCAAGAUAUAACACCAAAGGAGUUCAACUCUGGCCCACAGCUGCAAGGUAUGAAUUCUUCUGAGUUGAAUUCAGAGUGGCAAAAUGUGAAAUCAAUGAUGUUGGCACCAGAGCCAACUAGGAAGUUCCCAUCAGGACCACUGUUGACUAGUGUCAGAUUUUCAAAUUUGUCUCCAGAAUCACAGCAACAAGGUGUGAAAUCUUUGGAGUUUACUCUAGAGCCAAAGUUGCAAAGCGUAGAACAUGUGAAAUUAUCUUCAGUGUCCCUGCAGCAAACUACAAAAUCUGUGGAAUUAGCACCAGGGUCACUGCUUCAAAGAAUGAACUAUGGGGAGCAAACUCCAAUAACAAAUUAUCAAAUCAUGGAAUCCUCUGAAAUAAUCCCUAGACCAGGGCAUCAGUUUGCAAAAUAUGCAGAGAUGAUCCCACAGCCAAAGUAUCAAGUCCCUAAAUCUGCAAAUUUGAUUUCAAUACCAAUUUAUCACACCACAGAAUCUUCAGAAAUGGCACAAGGAUUGGCACAUAAAGGCAUAGAUACUGUAGAGAAAUCUGUGCGGUUGACCCCAAAGCUAACAGGUAGAGCCAUGGAAUCCUUAGGGAUGCUGCUGCAGCCAGAUCUUCAGGUACCAAAAUUUGUUGAUCUGACUCCAGUGGUAAGGGAUCAAGGCUCAAAAUUCUUAGGAUUAACUCCAGAGAAAAGCUACCAAAUCCUAGAAACUAUGGAAUUGCUCUCUUGGCCACGGCCCCAAGUUAAGGAUUUGGGGGAGUUAUAUAUGAAGCCACUACAGCAAACUGUGGAAUAUGAAGGGAUUACCCCGGAACUUGUCCCAAAAGUUGUUCAAUCUGUGAUAGUGACCCCUGGACCACCAUUUCAAAUUGUAAAGUCUGUGGCAAUACCAAGGCCAACCCCUCAAAUGGUAGAAUAUAUUGAGUUGACUCCAAAACUGCAACAUGUGAGACCUUCAGAGCACCACUCAGGGCCAUGUUUGCAAGAUGUGAAAUCUACGAAAUUAAUCACAAAGCCAAAACACCAGAUUUUGGAAACAGUGGAGUUGACAGGGUUUCAAAUUGUAAAAACUACAUUAAUCCCAGGGCCAUCCCUUCAAAUCGUAAAAUCUGAGGAGUUAGCACCAGGACCAAUUCCUCAGGUCGUAGAACCAAUAGGAGUAGCCCUAGAAUCAGGAAUUGAAGCAAUAAAUUGUGUGGAUUUACUUCCAAGGCUGCAUCUUCAAGAACUGAUAGUACCUGCAGAAUUAACUCCAAGGCCACAUAUUCAAGUGAAAUCUGAAGAAUUAACCUCACCGCAAACAUCUCCAUUUGAGGAACAUACAAUAUUGACUCAUAAACAAGGGCUUCAAGCUGUGGAAUCUACAGUGAUAAAAACAGAGCCUCCUAAAGUUAUGGAAACUGAGGAUUUGAAUCUAGGACAGGUGUGUCAGAAUAGGGACUGUCAGAAGUUAACAUCAGAAGAGUUACAAGUAGGGACUGACUUCUCUAGUUUCCUACAAAACUCUUCAACCACAUUCAUUUCAAGCUCUGUCAGAACAGCAUCUGAAUUAGGAGGACUUUGGGAUUCUGGGAUACAGGAAGUAUCCAGAGCUUUGGAUACAAAAAACCCUGGGACAGAUAUUUUGCAGCCUGAAGAGACCUAUAUAGACCCUACUAUGAUACAAUCUUUAACUUUUCCCUUGGCCCUUCAUAAUCAAAGCUCUGAUAAGACAGCUAACAUUGUGGAAAACCCAUGUCCUGAGAUUCUAGGAGUGGAUGUCAUAUCUAAAGAGACAACUAAGAGGAAGCAAAUGGAGGAGCUAGAGAACUCACUUCAGAGACAUCUACCACAAAGCUGGAGAUCACUAUCUAGGACAUUCCAGGCAGAAUCAGGGGUUCAAAAAGGUCUCAUCAAGUCUUUCCUGGGCAGACAACACAAUGUCUGGGAGAGUCAUGCCUGGAGGCAGCGACUACCAAGAAAAUAUCUCUCCACUAUGCUAAUGCUGGGGAAUAAUUUAGGGACCACUAUGGAAAGGAAGCUUUGUUCUCAAACAUCUUUAGCAGAAGGAGCCACUGCAGAUACCUGUCAAUCUAUUCAGAAUUUAUUUGGGAUUCCAGCUGAACUGAUGGAAGCUUCCCAGAGCCUGCCAGAGAAGGGUCCAGUUACUAUUUCUCAGCCUUCCGUGGUCAAAAACUAUAUUCAGAGACAUACUUUUUAUCAUGGUCAUAAGAAAAGAAUGGCCUUAAGGAUAUGGACACGUGGCUCCACAUCUUCCAUAAUACAGCAAUACUCUGGGACUAGAGUGAGAAUAAAGAAGACAAACUCAAGGUUCAGUGGUAUAUCCCAAGAAGUCAUUCAACAUAUGCCUGUCUCAUGUGCAGGGGGCCAGCUUCCUGUCCUGGUAAAGUCAGAGUCUUCCCUCAGCAUAUUUUACGAUAGAGAAGAUCUUGUUCCAAUAGAAGAAAGUGAGGACUCACAGAGGGAUUCCCAGACAAGGAUUUCUGAGUCCCAACACUCCAUCAAGCCAAAUUAUCUUUCCCAGGCUAAGACUGACUUCUCAGAACAGUUCCAGUUGCUACAAGAUCUGCAGCUAAAAAUAGCAGCAAAACUCUUAAGGAGUCAAAUACCCCCCGAUGUGCCUCCACCUCUAGCUUCAGGUCUAGUCCUACAAUACCCUAUCUGCCUACAGUGUGGCCGAUGUUCAGGACUUAACUGCCAUCAUAAAUUACAGACCACUUCGGGGCCUUAUCUUCUUAUCUAUCCACAGCUCCACCUUGUACGCACUCCUGAAGGCCAUGGUGAGAUUCGGUUGCAUCUUGGCUUUAGGCUGAGAAUUGGGAAAAAACCCCAAAUCUCAAAGUAUCGUGAAAGAGAUAGACCCAUCAUACGGAGAAGCCCUAUAUCACCAUCACAAAGGAAAGCUAAAAUCUAUACUCAAGCUUCCAAGAGUCCUACUUCCACAAUAGAUUUGCAGUCUGGGCCUUCCCAGUCCCCUGCUCCUGUACAAGUCUGCAUCAGGCGAGGACAACGCAGCAGCCCUGACCUAGUAGAAAAGACAAAAACUAGAGCACCUGGGCACUAUGAAUUCACUCAAGUUCACAACCUACCAGAGAGUGACUCUGAAAGCACUCAGAAUGAAAAACGGGCUAAAGUGAGAACCAAAAAGAUCUCUGAUUCAAAAUAUCCAAUGAAGAGAAUCACCAAAGGACUUAGAAAACACAGAAAGUUCUACACAAACAGUAGAACCACAAUAGAGAGUCCCUCUAGGGAAUUAUCAGCCCAUUUAAGAAGGAAGAGGAUUGGAGCAACUCAGACAAGUACUGCCUCUUUAAAAAGACAACCUAAGAAACCUUCCCAACCCAAGUUCAUGCAACUGCUUUUUCAGAGCCUAAAGCAGGCAUUCCAAACAGCACACAGAGUUAUAGCUUUUGUUGGGCGGAAGCCUGUGGACAGGACAAGGCCAGACAAUUUGUGGGCAAGCAAAAACUAUUAUCCAAAACAAAAUGCCAGGGACUAUUGCUUACCAAGCAGUAUCAAAAGAGACAAGAGGUCAGCUGACAAGCUAAUGCCAGCAAGCUCAACCAUUAAGCAGGAGGACAUAUUGUGGGGAGGAAUGGGCCAGUGCAGAUCAGCUCAACAGCCAAGAAGAGCUCACUCUUUCCAACCCAGACCUCUUCGACUGCCCAAGCCCACAGAUUCCCAAAGUGGUAUUGCUUUCCAAACUGCCUCGGUGGGGCAGCCUCUGGGAACUGUUCAAAAGGACAGUAGUAGCAGAUCAAAGAAAAACUUCUAUAGAAAUGAAACCUUCAGCCAGGAGUCUAAGAACUUGUCCACACCAGGAACCAGAGUUCAGGCCCGAGGAAGAAUCCUACCUGGUUCCCCUGUGAAGAGAACCUGGUACCGACAUCUUAAAGAGAAACUCACACACAAGGAGCAUAACCACCCCAGCUUCUAUAGGGAGAGAAGCCCACGCAGUCCUUCCGAGAGAACCCGUCAUAACCCCUCUUGGAGAAACCAUCGCAGUCCCUCUGAGAGAAGCCAACGCCGUUCCUUGGAGAGAAGACAUCACAGUCCCUUUCAGAGGAGACACCGCAGUCCCUCUAGGAAAAACCAUUCCAGUCCCUCUGAGAGAAGCUGUCACAGUCCGUCUCAGAGAAAUCACUGCAGUCCCCCCGAGAGGAGCUGUCACAGUCUCUCUGAAAGGGGCCUUCGCAGUCCCUCCCAGAGAAGCCAUCGCAGUCCCUCUCAGAGGAGCCAUCACAGUCCCUCUGAGAUAAGACAUCACAGUCCCUCAGAGAAAAGCCAUCGCAGUCCCUCUGAGAGGAGCCAUCACGGUCCCUCUGAGAUAAGACAUCACAGUCCCUCAGAGAAAAGCCAUCGCAGUCCCUCAGAGACAAGCCAUCGCAGUCCCUCUGAGAGAAGACAUCGCAGUCCCUCAGAGAAAGCCAUCGCAGUCCCUCUGAGAGAAGACGUCGCAGUCCCUCUGAGAGAAGACAUCGCAGUCCCUCUGAGAGAAGACAUCGCAGUCCCUCUCAGAGGAGCCGUCCCAGUCCCUCUGAGAGAAGACAUCGCAGGCCCUCUGACAGAAGCCAUCGCAGUCCCGCUCAGAGGAGCCAUCGCGGUCCCUCCGAGAGAAGACAUCACAGUCCCUCAGAGAGAAGCCAUCACAGUCCCUCUGAGAGAAGACAUCGCAUUUCCUAUGACAGAAGACAUCACAGUCCCUCUGAGAGAAGACAUCGCAGUCCCUCUGAGAGAAGACAUCUCAGUUCCUCUGAGAGAAGACAUCGCAGUUCCUCUGAGAGAAGACAUCGCAGUCCCUCUGAGAGAAGACAUCGCAGUCCCUCUGAGAGAAGACAUCUCAGUUCCUCUGAGAGAAGCCAUCGCAGUCCCUCUGAGAGAAGACAUCGCAGUUCCUUGGAGAGGAGCCAUCACAGUCUCUCUGAGAGGAGCCGUCACAGUCUCUCAGAGAGGAGCCAUCGCAGUCCCUCUGAGAGGAGAUCUCACUGGUCCUUUGAGAGGAGCCAUCGUAGGAUUUCUGAGAGAAGUCACAGUCCCUCAGAGAAGAGCCACCUCAGUCCCUUGGAAAGAAGCCGUUGCAGUCCUUCUGAGAGGAGAGGACGCAGUUCCUCUGGGAAAACCUGUCACAGUCCCUCUGAGAGGAGCCAUCGCAGUUCCUGUGAGAGAACCCGUCACAGUCCCUCUGAGAUGAGGCCAGGGAGGCCCUCUGGGAGGAACCAUCGCAGUCCCUCUGAGAGAAGCCGACACAGUCCCCUUAAGGAGGGACUCAAGUACAGUUCCCCUGGAGAGAGGCCCAGCCAUAGUUUGUCUAGAGAUUUCAAGAAUCAAACAAGUCUCCUCGGGACCACACAUAAAAAUCCCAAAGCAGGGCAAGUGUGGAGGCCUGAAGCUACUCGAUUAGGCGAGAUCUGCCCCUAUUAUUCAUUGUCCUAAGUCUUCAUCGUGCUGCCCUUUCCAAGCUUCUUUCCUGCUCAGCCACUGCCUCCAAUUCCUGCGCCCCCAGCGUGGAAAGGCUUCCAUUUCUUUCUACCGGGGGGAGGCGUGUGAGACUGGGUCUGUAAUUUCUCUAAGAUCAAUAAAGGGGCAGUAAAUGA